CAGCAUAGUGUUUGACUGUUUUUAUAAAUUAAAAUAAACGAUCUACUUGUAUAUUCCUGCUUUGUUUAGCUGCGAAAAUACUCAAUGGUCAGUUUCUCCAUGAGGUAAGUGAUGGACUACAACCAAGAAAUGUCCCUUGGCUCUAGAAAACAUGGCAAUGGAGAGGACAUCUCAUGGGUCUCAGUUUGUCCCAGAGGUUUUUGGAGAGUUCAGCAAAAACAGAUCCACAAAAGCACCUCCAGUCAUGAUGCAGGAAUGCAUCAGUGUCCUCGACUGGGGUCAGUAUGCCAAGUGCGUGUCCAUAUUCAAACAGAGACUGGGGCUGACCACUGUGUAGCACCUGAUGAAGGGGGUCAAAGGUGUGCCCAGUCUGUGGAUGGUCAUUCAGAAGACAGUGCCUUCACUCGAUGCCUGAGCGCUGUGCUGCAGGUUCCUCUCUCUGAAUGGACAACAGUAAGAAUGGGAGAGGGUCAGUGCGACAUCACAGAGGCUUGUUUGGAGCGCAUGAACUGCGGAGAUAAAUGUGAGAUCCAUCUUUCUCCACUGGUGAAUUCAGAGGUGAAUGCAGAAACAGACCAGCCUUUUAAUGUCACCGUGGAGCUUGGAACAUUUACACCAGGCAAAGAAUCCUGGGAAUUAUCUUGUGAAGAAAAAAUGGACUGGGUGAAAUCUCUCAAGAACAGAGGCACUGUUUGGUUCAGGAGUGGAGACGUGUGGGGCGCAGCAGACAGCUACAGUCGAGCCUUAAAACUACUCAUACCUCUCUAUGGACACGUGAAAGUAGCAAAAACACUGGAGCAAGCAUCAGAGGGGUUACAGUCUCCAUCAGAAAAUCUUGUUCCGUCUGCCAAAGAGUACAACACUAUCAAAGCCGAGCUGCAUUCAAACCUGUCUUUAUGUCAACUCAAGUUAAAGCAGCCAGAGCGUGCCAAAGCUAGUGCAUCCAAGGCCACUGAACUGGAUCCUGGUGGGGCAAAGGCAUGGUAUAGGCUGGGCCAAGCCUGUCUGAUGGUCAGUGAACUUGAAGAGGCAAAGGGGGCAUUUAAGAAACUACUGGAGAUACAGCCUGACUCGUCUGUAGCAAUAAAGGCACUCAAAGAUGUGGCUAUUAAAGAGAAAGAGACUAAUAAAGCACUGGCGCACAGACUUAGUAAGAUGUUCAGCUGAAAACUAAAUUAAUUAUGAGAUCUUUUCAGAACAUUUAUUUUUGCUUC